UUAGGUUAAGAGUUUAUUGUUCGUUGUGUUGUAAUCCACAUUAGGAGAAAGAAGAGGAAUGAAGCGGAAAGCGGAUAAUGAUUUUCAGAGUGUUUCUGGUGAAGGCAAACCGUAUGCUCUGAGGAAACGCAUCAAACUUUCAGAGAUGGAGAACACAAGAGACACAGAGAUGACCAGCUAUGAGGAGAAAACCAGUUCAGGAGGAAGAGGAGAGAAACGGAAAGCGGAUGAUGAUUUUCAGAGAGUUUCUGGUGGAGGUAAAUCAUACGCUCUGCGGAAACGCAUCAAAGUUUCAGAGAUGGAGAACACAAGAGACACAGAGAUGACCAGUUUUCAGGAGAAAACCAGCUCAGGAGGAAGAGGAGAGAAGCGGAAAGCAGAUGAUGCUUUUCAGAGUGUUUCUGGUGGAGGCAAACCAUCUGCCCACCAAAAACGCAUUAAAGUUACAGAGCUGGAGAACACAAGAGAAGACGCCGACACAGAGGCGUCCAGCUCAGCUCCAAGAGGACAGAAGAGAAAGGCUGAAUGUCUUGAUCAGGACAGCAGAAAUCAGGACACUGUGGCUGCCAAACAAAUGAAAACAGCAGAGAUCCAACAUGGCGGCAGCAGCGGCGGGAAAACUGCAGCUGAAAACAGCAGCCCAGCUGAAAACAGCAGCCCAGCUGAAAACAGCAGCUCAGCUGAAAACAGCAGCUCAGCUGAAAACAGCAGCCCAGCUGAAAACAGCAGCCCAGCUGAAAACAGCAGCCCAGCUGAAAACAGCAGCCCAGCUGGAAACAGCAGCUCAGGAUCUAUACUUGACAAAUAUGUGCUUGGAGAGAAGCUGGGACAGGGAAACGGUGGCACUGUCUAUCUGGCUACACGGAAAUCUGACGGCCAGAAGGUAACGGUCACUUCAACUCUGCAGUGGUCUUUGUGUGUGUGUGUGUGUGUGUGUGUGUGUGUUUUAUGCAGGUCAGAUCAGACAUCUCUCUGGCUUAAAUAAGUUUUGACUUUAUGCUUUCUUUGCAGGUUGCCAUAAAAGUUGUGAAUAAGGACUUUUACGGAUACUUGUACACUAUGAAUGGACAUACUAUCCCGGAAGCAUAUCAUAUGAUGGUCCUCAAGGAACCUCCGCUCUGCCCGCACAUCAUUGAGCUGUACGAGUACGCCAUGGAGGGAAGGAAUAACUACCUGGUCAUGGAGUACGCGUCCUCGUACAUAACCUUGGAUGAAUUCAUCAGGAAGAACAAUGGCCUCCUGAGUGAGAGUGUUGCGCGGCAGCUGAUCAUGCAGCUCAUUAUCGCAACACAGCGCUGCCUUGAGCAUGGCAUAGAACAUGCGUCCAUAUAUAAAGACAACGUCCUGGUCAAUCCAAAGACCCUGCAGCUCAAGCUGAUUGAUUUUGGCGACAGUUAUUAUACUGAAAAAGGCCACUGGAGAUCCCCCUAUCUUGGAGUAACGAGAUACCGUCUACAGGAGGGGGAACCCUACAGAUCCAUUCGUUUUGCUGUUGAUUCACAUGUCAUGGCUGUUUUACUAAUGCUGUCCUAUAUGGUCAAUGGAUAUUUUCCUUACUCCAGAUAUAAACGUCCACGAUUUCACCCCAGAUUGUCGGCAGGUGAGAAAACAGCACUACACAUGGUGCAGCUCAUGGGCGUCGCUAGGCCUCUUAUUUUCACUCAGCCCCCCUAAAGGUUUUGGGAUUAACUCAUGAAUGGUCCACAGCUAAAUUAUCGCCUCAGUCCCCUUUCAAUUUCAUAUGAAAACGGCAGCAGACUUCAGCUCCUCCGUUUUUAACUUAUUUCUCAUUUAAUCAGCAAAGCCGUUCCGAGUGAGAGCAGAAGCUGUGUGUUUAUCGGUAGACUGGUAUAAUAUCAGCAUGUUUGCAGUUCUUUGCUGUAGAAACUCUUGUAUCACUUGUACCCCAAUCGGGUUUCCCAUCUACUAUUUCCUCAGCGCUCCUCUCAUCAUCACAGCUGUUUCCUCCAGCGAACAUGUAACUCUUAACCAACAUUUCACUAUGUUAUUUCAAAAUGAACUCUGAAUAUAAAACACAUGACGGUGCAUGUGGCAUUAACUACAGCACACCUUCAUGCACAGAAGCGCUCAGUGAAUGCACUCAUUUUACCUGCACAUCAUGUGACAUCAUCGGACUCAAAUUAAUUUCUGACUUAUAUUAUGAUUAUGAAACAUGUAAAUUAGCCUGUACUAUUUUUAUAUGUUUAUUUUUAGGCCAUUGUGAAUGAGAAAAGUAAAAUGUACUGGAGUAUAGAAAGUGGUUUGUACCACAGUAAACAGGUGUGUUGAGCCGAUUUCACUCAUCCAGAACUCAAAUGGCUCUGCCUGCCUAUGAA